AUGAGGCCGAUAUUGAUGAAGGGGCACGAGAGGCCCCUUACCUUCCUCAAGUACAACAGGGAGGGGGACUUGCUUUUCUCCUGCGCCAAGGACAGCACGCCUACCGUCUGGUUUGCCGACAACGGCGAGCGUCUUGGCACCUACAAGGGCCACAACGGCGCGGUCUGGUGCUGCGACAUCUCUCGUGAGCUCUCUUCUUUCCUUACUUCUGCCGAUCCUCCUAUCGUUCUCGUUAUCGGCAAGAAAUGUGUCUAAUUUGCUGUCGUAAUUCCUUUUGAAGAGUUUGCUCGUCGGGAUGUAUCCGUGAUUAAAAUAGAAGAAUAUUCAUAUAAUUUAUAAAACGUCCUGAUUUAGCUCCAAAAUUGUUUCCUGGUAACAUGCUUCUAACGCAACUAGGAAUUCGUCUCUCGAAUAUAAUCUUUCUCGAUAAACUAUCCUUAGGUUUUUGAUUUAUUUUCUUUGUUACUUACCUCUUGCCGUGCUUGUCUUCGUUGGCUCUCAGGUGAUUCUACACUUCUUAUCACUGGAUGUGCCGACCAGACGGCGAAACUUUGGGAUGUUCAAACUGGAACUCAGUUGUACUCGUUUAACUUCGAUUCUCCGGUCAGAGCUGUUGAUUUUUCCGUGGGUGAUAAGUUUGCCGUAAUAACAACAGAUCCUUUCAUGGAGCAUUCAUCUUCAAUUCAAGUAAAGACGAUCGCCGAAGACGUUAGUGAACGUAUGGAUCCCAUGCAAUCAUCCAAUCCUUAUGCAUAAUUUCCUUGGUUUCGAGUCUUCCUAUUUUCCUGUUAGCUAUUUGAUAUCUCGGGGAUUUUAUUUGAUGUCUAAACACUCAUAGCAUUGGAAUGAUUUGCUUCACGAAAAAUUCUAUUUGACGUGUUGAAUGUCUCCUAUGGGCCUAAGUUUUAAACUACCUCCAAGGCCAGAAAGGAAUUUCAACGUUCAAUACAUUCGUUUAUUUCGUUGUAAAUCGAAAGGAUCACAAUAAAAAAAAGGAACACUUUGUUAUUUAGGUAGGCGCUUGCAACAUGCUGGUGAACUUAAUGGAUUAUCACCAGAUGGAAUUUAUCUCUGAGGAAAUUUAUCCAAAAAAGGUGGUUCAUCAAUUAGCCGGAUGAAAAUGGAGUUAUGCAGUUUCUAAUGACUGGUCGUGUAGUAUUGGGUGUAUAUGUGAACGUUUCUCUUUUUAAUUGUUUUUCAUUUGAAUCGGAGAAUACAUUUGAUUCAUUCUCAAGCAUUUCUUCAGGUGUUGGGAGUUGACAGUACAGUACAUGCAAUGCCAUCGCAUGUUAUUCUAAUGCAGAUUUCAAUAAGAGGGAUAACCUAAUUGUGUAUUUCGGUGUAAUUUUUUUUUCCUUGUCGUAUUGGUGAUAAGCAUGUUAUUAGGUACGACGUGGACGAAACUUGCAGUUAUUCCGGAAGGCAGUUUCCUUGCUUACCUUAGGAUGUUCUUAAUUAUGAAAAGCUACAUACAAGACAAACGAUACUGGUAAACAUGUUAUCACAGAGAUAUUAUCUAGAGUGUGCUAACGUCUACGUAUUGAAAGACAUUAUGCUUUGCCUCGUACACAAGCUCUGGAACCUAGUAACAUCAACCCCUAAUUUCAGCCUUGUCGAUUUGAAGCUCAACAGAGAAGGAUAAAAGAGUUUUAAUUUUCUGGUCUAUAGUUGUCAUGGCAUUCGCUUGAAGACAUCAACUGCAUGUGGAAAUUUAUUUUUUCUGACUUCAACAUAUGAAUAUGGCAAAUCUGUCUCAUAAUCUAUGAGUUGAAUAAUGGAAUUAAGUGUAGACAAAUCUUAUGUCAUUGUGAUAAACUUCAGCAUGGGAAGAAUGACACGUUUUCUAUGGAAUAACUGAUAUCAAUCAGCUUGUAGAUCUAUAGAAGUAAAUUCAAAACUUCAUCGCUUUUGGUUUUUUACUUCAUGAGCAGUGCGAACUUACUCCAAAACUUGUGUUAUUUUUUUUCUUGCUAUUGUAUCUGAUCAGAUGCCUCCAGUUUCUUCUUUCUUCCACUUACGCUAUUGUCUAUAGUGAUACAUUCAAAGGCUUUUUCGUUGGUUUACCUGCGGACUCUGUGCAACCUGUCAUUAAUUUGAGCGAAAGUUUAUUGCUCAACUUCUUUUUCUUGCUUAUUCAGAAACGUCAGAAUCAGUGCUUACGAUAAGAGGACCUCAAGGAAGAAUCAAUAGGGCUGUCUGGGGACCCUUAAAUCAGACAAUAAUUAGCGCGGGUGAAGAUGCUGUAAUUCGGAUAUGGGAUUCUGAGGUAGGUUGAAGCAUUACGACGUCCAUAAAAUGAUAUUCAUUUGAAUUGUUUGUUGACAUAUUAAUAUAAGAGAGUUUAUAUUACGUAUUUUAUAUCGGGGUAACAUUGUUUUCCUUUCCAUUUUGUGGGAUGAGUUUGCUUUUUUCAAUAUAAAAAAGGUCUGUUUGGUAAAAAUGAAAUGUUUAAUAUCUAUAGUUAGGAAAGAACCACGAAAUGUUUAUGAAUCAACAAUGUCUAGGGAAUGGUCUUUUUCAAUGACAUCAAUAGCACUGGAACCUUACCGUAUCUGUGCCACCGUUUAGUUUUGUGUUGUUCUUUGGAGUUAACUUGUAUUCUGAUGUGCAAGCCAAUUGACCACAUGACACUGAAAGAUGCAAAGAAGAUUACUCAUGGAGAGUAAAUUUAAUAACAGAUGUGCACAUUGUGUUAUUGGCAUAGUCGUCGUUAAGCUAGGUUCUCAUUCCUUUUGUGCUUUCUCCCACUCAGAAAUUUGAUCUCCUCCAUGGAAAACAAAAAAGACGAAUAGACAAUUAUUUUGCUUCUCUAUUCUCGUGAACAAUGCUGAUUUUUGAAGAAGGAUGCUCUAUUUUGUUCAGGGAAGUAAUAAGUGGGGGCUAUUAACUGCGUCUUCUAAGGCCUUUAACGUGUUGUACUACUAUCACCUUGACUGUAAUCUCAAAUGUGUACCUUUUAUAGAUGUUCUGUGGACUUGUCUGAAUAGGUUUUAUUUAGCCUAAUAAUAAACAGCUGAGUAUGCUUUUUAGGUUACUUUUUACCUCAGCUCAAUGUGAAUACAAUGACAUCUCGUCUAAGAUUUGUCUUCUAAAACGUGCAGACAGGGAAGGUACUUAAGGAAUCUGACAAAGAAAUUGGACAUGCGAAGCCAAUUACUUCUUUGUCAAAAUCGGCUGAUGGAUCUCAUUUUAUUACAGGCUCCUCCGAUAAAAGUGCAAGGGUAUUUAUUGCAUAUACUGAACCUUGUUUCUUUUGUCACUUUCAUAAUCCAGAAUCUUCUUAUCAUUCAGCUGCGAUUUCUGAGUUUCUGACUCUGGUGAUAUUUUUCAGUUAUGGGACAUCAGGACACUAACUCUACUCAAAACAUAUGUGACAGAACGACCUGUCAAUGCUUGUGCCAUUUCCCCUCUUCUUGAUCAUGUAUGUGAUAGUUUUCUACUCUUGCAUCGUUCUCGAUCUCUGUCUCAGCUUCUACCUGUUUUUUAGUUUUCAACUAAACUGCUUGUUCGCUAUCUCGAGACUUGGAAACAUUGUUAUCAUACGGAGGAACUCUGCAAAUUUUACAUCGCCAUAAUGUGGUAACUGAACAAACGAAAUUUUGAGAAAAAGAAUCCAAGCACAAUCAUACGAGCCCAUUAUAUAUAUAUAUAUAUAUAAUAAUCUUAAAAGGCCUCCUUUGCUUUGUGAACCUCUUCUUUCAUAAAACCAGAUUCUCCUCCUCUCUGCUGUUAGGUUUUUCUAAAGCUGUGGAAUAUCCUUGCUUGGCUCCGCCUGACAUUACACGUUGCUGUUCGUAGAUUCUUGCAUCGUAAAAUAGUAUGAUAGAGCUUAAGCAAUAACAUAUUAAAAGCUUGCUCUUAAAAUAAAUGUCUAUAGUCGAUCAUUGUACCUUUCAUUACCUUAUUUUCCAUCUGAUCACUGGCGUCACAGUGCAUGCUUCUUGCUCGUAUUUCGCGUCAUCCAAUAACUACUAUCCUGUCUCCCCCCCAGACAUUGUUAAGGCUCCAAUAUCAUGUCUUUUCUCUAGGUGGUGAUCGGAGGUGGUCAGGAGGCUACCCAUGUCACAAUGACUAGCCAUCGUGCUGGGAAAUUCGAGGCCAAAUUCUUUCACAAGGUGGGUCAACGGUCAACAUGACAAGCGUUUUUAUUGCAUAAAUAUCCUGUUUCCUUUUUUUUAAUAAAAAAAAAUCGCCUUCAUUUUUUUACUCUCGGAUAUAAUUGAAACUCGGUCCUACUUCUUUGUUUUAUUUUGUUUAUGCUCUUCGUCCAGAUUCUUCAGGAGGAAAUUGGUGGCGUGAAAGGGCACUUUGGACCCAUAAAUGCGCUGGCUUUCAAUCCUGACGGCAGAAGGUUAUUUCUGAAAAAAUCUCUCUUCUCUUGCUAUUCUGCCACCAUGCAGGACCUGAUACGUCACCAUUCUUUCUACGUGGGCAUCUUCUUUCUCAAUAUCUUAUGCUAUAUAUAAGUAACAUAAGUGCAUUUUAUGGGUAGUAAAUCCCCCCCCCCCCAGUCGUAUCAAUCCAAGGCCCCUCUUGUGCACAGGCUUAUUAGAUAUCUUUCUUAUUAAGCGAAUAUUAUCAACAUCAUCAGCAUCAUCAUCAUCAUCAUCAUCAUUAUUAUUAUCAUAGGAGCUUGCUGCGGUCGAAUUAUUGUAUAUCUAUGAACGGAGAACGUAGAGCCUUCCAUCGUGUUAGAAAGGCUGUUGAAGUUUGUGUGAAUAUCCAAAUCUACUGCGUUCCAUUCUAAACCCAGUUUAUUUGCCCUAAUAAGUUGUGGAAAUCUUCGGUUAAUGAGUUAUUCUCUCUCUCUCUCUCUCUCUCUCAUCGGUGCAGCUUCUCCAGCGGAGGUGAAGACGGGUACGUCAGAUUGCACCACUUCGACCCGGACUACUUCAGCAUCAAGAUGUGA